AUGCCCCCGUCAUCAGCUUCCCCGGCAGAUCGCCAGCCGAACACCUCGAAAGGUGAGAGAUGGCACCUAGAAGCGCUGGGGAUGACCGACCCUCGAGAGCAGGAGCAAGUUCGCAACAUGCUAGAGCGUCUCAGCGAAGAGUUCGCCCCGAUGCGCAACCCUGGGAAAUAUCGCGCUAAAUCGUCGAUCGAGAGACACCUGAGGGACCGUAUCGAGGAGUUCCCGUUGUUUAU